CCGCCCCCUUCUCUCUCGCUCGCGCCUCCGUUUCUCUCGUGCGGGGCGGUUUUUUUAUUUUAAUUAUUACCGAGCGCGCGACGAACCGAACUACCUUUAAUACCCCACCGACCCCUCCCACCCCACCGAGGGGCAACAUGGCGGCGGAGCGCGAGCGAGGCUCCUCGCGACCCGACCGAGCGCACGAGCUCACAUGAAAUACGCGCGCGUGGGGCUUUUUGCGGUUUUUAUCUUUACUUUGUUUCCUCUGUGUUUGAAAAGCCACAAACAGCGGCGGCAUCAUGGGCGCCAAGGCGAGCAGCCCGGCUAACGCCGCUAACGGGCGCGCGCGCGCGUACUCGGGCUCUGACCUGCCGCCGCCGUCGCGCACGCACGCGGACGGAGCUGGAACUGGAGCGAGCGUGCGCGUGCCCGCGCGGCGGGGGUCCGGCGGCAGCGGAGGGGGAGCAGGGGGCUCUGGGGGGGCGGGACUCCUGAUCGGGUCACUUCCGGCUCACCUCUCGCCUCACCUGUUCGCAGGUGUGAAGUGUCCAGUCUGCUCCAAGUUUAUCUCCUCAGAUGAGAUGGAGCUCCACCUUACGGUGUGUUUAACGAAGCCCAGAGUAACGUACAACGAGGACGUGCUGUCGAAGGAGGCUGGAGAAUGUGCAAUAUGUCUGGAAGAGCUGCAGCAGGGCGACACCAUCGCACGCCUGCCCUGCCUCUGCAUCUACCACAAAGGGUGCAUUGAUGAGUGGUUCGAGGUGAACAGAUGGUGCCCUGAACAUCCUUCAGAUUAAAACUCAGACUAACGCAGGGAUUCUAACAUGCAGUGAAAAGUGACGUAGCCUCGUAGCAGACAGCGAUGUGAAGUCCACCUCCUGUUCCUUGCCCGUGUGACUGCUGGACUCCGUCUGUAGCCGCUACAGGAGGGUGAGCUCACUGUACCUUCCACACCAGCCGCCAUAUCAACUCCAGAGUGCCAAAACCAACUGAAGCAAUCUUCAGGGAAACUCCUGCCUGUGCUCGUUAUUCCUUCCUGAUCAUUUCACCGCAACCCAGGAGCCGUUUUAGAGCCACUGAGGGUCUGCAGGACAUUUCUGAAACUGGACGCUGGACACUGUUGCUCAGAUCUUCAAUCAGAAGAAGGGGAAGGAGGCCAUUCUUCAAUACAGUGCAUUUGGAGACACUGCAUAGCGCCAUCUGUAGACGCUACACUGGGCUACCCAAGUAGCGUCCCUCAACCUGCUUAUAUUAGGCUCCGCCCACCCUUCAAACCCAGCCAUCCAGGGCCAACCAUCACUUUUAAAGGAAUACUCCAGCGUUAUCUCAACCUGCUGAAUCUGUACUGUACAGUUGAUUGUGACUAACUUCAGUACGUUUCCCUGAACUCAGAACUCACUGAGGUCAAAGGCCAGAUGCCGAAUUCUGCAAGUAAACGUUUAAAAUACGUGACCAAAUGCAAAUUUGUAACUGUUCUAAUCUAAAGUUGGUUGAUAGUACGACACCACCUAAAACAGGAGUGUCUCACACCUAAGGACCCUGUUUAGACCUGGGCAUUGAAUUUGAAGUUAUGGGGACGUUUUAAGGUUAACCACAUGCGUUCACACUCGGCAAUCAAAUGCUGAGCAAUAUGCAAAUCAGCUAAUAUACAAAAACUAGCGCAGCGCAUGUUCACAAGUCAUCUGUUGCGGCAUCGGCUGGUCCUCAUCAGCACCUUUUUGGCCAGUUGUUCAUGUUGAAUCAGGCAAUCACCACAGUGGAAAUACAUUAAAUGCAAUGUAAACAUUACAUCACUUUUGCAUAGUGACCUGCAGGAAACGUCCAAAAAUGAACCUUGUUUACACCUCACUUUAUCUCAUUACUGAUUUGCAUAAAAAAACAAAUUCUGAAUUUGUGUCAGAAUGAAAUACAGCCCACUUUGAAAGUUAAUAUAAUAUGUGAAGGUCUGGGCGAUAUGGCAAAAAUGAAAUAUAUUGAAAUAUAUUGAAGAUAUUUUCACGGCACAUAAUGCAUCACAAUAUUUCUCAGACAUCUGAUCAGUUGGAACAGAGAUAAAAUAACCAGUGCUGCAUUUAAAAAAUAUAUAUUAUCAAAAACUGUGAACAAAAUGAUUUUUUAAUCAAUAUUUGGCACUAAAUCCAGUUAAACAGGCCUAAUUUUGCUCUUUAUAAUGAAACAUGCAGUUGGCCACUGACGAUGUUAAGAAAAGCAUAUUGUAUUGCAUUGUAACAUUAUCGUGACAAAUUAAGAUAUUUAUUAAGAUAUUAAAAUUAAGAUAUUUAUGAUUUCUACUAGAACUAUGUUGUGACUCAGAGUUUUCUGGUCUUUUCGAAGCUCAGGGGAAUCGUCACGGUUAAUGUCAGUGUAAAUUCGGCUGUGCGCUACAGACGCAGCAGAAAAGCGCUGGCGUGUUCCUCUCACGCCCCUCCUACGACUGUCCGCUAGUGCCUUCAUCUUCAGAUCCCAAGGGCUGGUCUGGGAAGGGCGGAGCUCCAGCCUUUCUUAGCCCCUCCCAUCCUACACCAGUCACAUUUAAGAGAAUUGGAACCAGCCAUAGUGAGAUUAAAAAUGCCCCGCCCCCUCCCUGUCACUCGCAGAUGUUUCCAUGGCUCUCACUCUCACAUCCUUUAGAUCUGUAGCAAUAUCAGUCAGGGAGGCGUGGCUCCGCUCUGAUCGGCCCACCGCAGCGCGUGUUUGUCACGUUAGAACUGAUACCGUUUAUGGGUUUGUGUAGCUGCCUAUUCUGAUAAUUGUCAUAUGUAUGUGAACAAUAGUGCAAUAUUUCACAAUCUUGAGCCUUAAUUCAACAAGGAGAAUGCUAACCUCAGUGUGGACAAUGCUAGCCCUGCUCUGACCGUCACAGUCGGUAACACCCUUGGCUCCUCAAGAUACCGAUGACUUACUUGUUCCAGAUUCGGCCAGUUUCCCUCAUCUGUGCCUCCACAUCUCCUCUCCAGGUGUUCUCUGCACCUCUGUGGCGUCUUGGUUAUACUGCAUAGAUAUUUGAUCUGACUUUGCUCCUGAAAAGCGUUUGAUGGCUUUCUUAUCAUUGCUUUGAUUGUUCUCCAUGUCUGUGAGCCACAGAGCUGGACUGGUUUGAUGCUAAGAUGGAAUAUUCUUAGUUUUUUAACCAAAUUUGAAUUCUAUACUCUUCAAAAGUGUUAAAUAUCACCUCCUGUGGUAAACCAUCCACCAUGGAACACGCCAAACUAAUGCUAACCCCCCAUAGAGAAUCCUUAACCCAAUUCUAAUGCUAAUCCACCAUGGAGGAUGCUAAACCCUCUGAGCCCACAAAGGGACUUUUGCAAAAAAACUCCUGUUUUCAGGCGAAACUUUGAAACGUGCGCACCAAAUUCACAGGUUCAUGAGAAACACACACGAUAUGUUCUCCCCACGUGAAAAUUUCUCACGUGCACUCAAAUUUGACGUGUGCAUUUUGUCUAGUGCUCACAUGAAAAUAGUGCUCACGAGAGUUUAUGGUACACGCAUUAAACUUGCCAUCACUCGUGUGAAUUUCUGAUGUGCACGUGAUCCUUUUCUAGUGCUCAUAUAAAAAUUUCUGGUACACACGUGAAACUUUCUAGUGCUAUUCAGGAUUAAAUUUUUUGAAAAAGUCACGUUUGGCUCUGUAGCUACGUCUGCUGCGCCAUUGAGUCUCAGCUGAGAGAAAAAUCCGUGUUUAAGCUCCUUUGAGUGCCAGUUAUCCACUUUUGAAGAACCUGAAGCCUUUUCUAAGGGUUGUAGAGCUUCUCAUGGACUUGCUGUUAACUUCAUGAAGUACCUUUCCUUUGUUUCUCAGUCUAUAAGGGCAAAUUCUCCACCGAAGCCACUAAUAAGGGAUUCAUCUUUGUAUAUGUUUACAGUGUGGGUUGUCAGGCUGUAGGACAGGGCCGUUAAGAUAACGUUGACAGCCGAGAGAAGAAGGACGCCGUUUCUUUAGCUCAGAUUACUGUGAUGGCCUGGUGUAGUACUGUAUGAGGAAAGUGCCAACCAAGCUGUGAAAUGCUGCUAACUGUAUUUUCAAGUGGGAAGAUGACUCAAAACUCAUAAGCGUUUAAGGAUAAAAGCUUUCUCCUAGCAGAACUCCGGGCAGGAUGUUCCUCAUCUUUCCAAAGCUGGACGCUGUCGUGGACUCAUGAUAGACAGGCUGCACUAGAAAGUACCUUUCAUGCUGUUGCAUAAAGCAAUCAAUAAAUUCAAGUUUGUUUCGUAGCGUUUUCUUUAAUGCUGUAAGAUCUUUAUUAUUAGUCAGUUCCAUAAAUAUUUGGAUGCCGACAGUUAUUUUUAUUUUUGCCAUUUACCACAGCAUAUUUAGCUGAUUAUUUAAUGAAAAUACUCAAUGCAGACUUCCAGCUUUAAUUUGAGAGUAUCGGCAACCAAAUCCGGUAAUUGGUGUGAAUUACAGCCAUUUUCAUACAUAACCCCCCAUUUUUAUUGGCUCAAAAUUAAAUGAACAACUGGCUGCUCAGCUGUUCCAUGGCCAGAUGUGUGUUAUUCCUUCAUUAUUUCACUAUAACUUACUACCAUUGAUGUCUGUUGGAAUCUCUUGCUGUUAACUCUCAUUAUGAGGUCCAGUGAGUUUCACUGCCAGUGAAACAAGCCAUCAUUAGGCUGAAAAAUCAAAAUAAACCCAUCAUAGAAGAGAGCAAAAACAUUUAGAUGUGGCCCAAUCAGGUAUUUGGUAUCUUCUUAAAAGAAGAAAGAAUGCACUGGAGUGCUCAGAAACACCACCUCAUCUGUCCAGCAUGGUGGAGGUAGUGUUAUAGCGUGGGAAUGCAUGGCUGCCAAUAGAACUGGUUCCCCUGUGUUUUUUUGUGAUGGGAUUCUGAGGUGUAAAGAGCUACGUUAUCUGCUCAGAUUCAGCCAAAUGCUUCAAAACUCAUUGGACGGUUCUUCACAGUGCAGAUGGUCAUGUCCUGAAGCGAACUGCGAAAGCAACCCAAGACUUUUUUUAAAACGAAGAAGUGGAAUGUUCUGCAAUGGCUAAGUUAAUCAUCUGACUUCAGUCCAAUCGAGCAUGCAUACUUUGAUUGUUAGCUUGUCCAAUUACUUUUGAGCCUCUAAAAUUGGUUUUCGCUAUGUAUGAAAAUGGCUGUAAUUCCUACACCAAAUACUUUCAAAUUAAAAUGAAAAUCUGCACUUUGUGCUCAUCCAUUAUUAGUGAUUGCACAUUGCAAAAUUGCAGUUUAUUCUUCUUAUCAUUAUUAUUAUUAUUAUUAUAUUAUUAUUAUUAUUAUUAUUAUUUUCUGCCAGAUUGUUGUCCACUAAUGCAGCAACAACCUAGCAACCACCUUGGACACUGUACCAACCACCUAGCAACACCCUAGGAACCAUCUAGAAUACCAUAGCAACCACCUGUAAGUGCUGAAGCUGUGCCAUAACGCUGCAUUUUCUUCAUAAAAUGCACUUUUCCAGUUUAUUUUAAACUUCAACAUGCUGUGGCACAAAGCUAAAGUAAUAACUACUUUGUCAGUGUCCAAACAUUUAUGAGUCUGACUGUAUAUUCUGCUGCUUUACUGGAGUCUAAUCUGAGCCUUUAAGUCUAAAUAUACCUUCUCAAACGUUUCAUUGUCUUGUACUGGCCUUCUCUAGCCUGUGGUCAGGCAGCUUCAUGCCUAAUUUGCUUACCUAAGCUGAGUGGAUUUAAGCUGGACUGAAGG